AUGAUCGUUGAACGGUUGAAUUUGUUAACGGAAAGCUAAAAAGUAAAGAUACAAACGAAAACAUCAAACAAAAGAAUAAUUAUAAAAAAGAAUUCUAAAAUCAAAAAAAAAAAUUAAAAAAAUAAUUUUUAUAAUAGUGAGAAUCUUUAAAACAUAACAACAAAAAAUACACAAAAUUUAAAAAACGAUUAAUGAUAAAAAUGAGAAGAUUAAUAACCAUAGUUAUAUUGUUGGGCUGCAUAAGGUUACAAGUGACAGCACACGGAAACCAAAAAAAUGUAACUGAACAUUUAAAUUCAAAUAAAACAGAUUUUGUAAAGAUUAAAAUUGAGCUAAAUAUUAGCGAUACUACAACACACAAAAAUGGAAUCAAUACAGAAAAUUUAAUAACAUCCUCCAUGACGACUUCAUCCACUACAGAAGGCAUCAUCAAUCACACUAAUUCAACUUCAAAACCUGCAACUGAAGCAACAACUACUUCAACAACAACUUCAGCAACAACAUCAGCAACUGCAACUCCUACUCCUUCUCCUCCUCUUCUUAGCACUGAAGAUACCUCAUCUUCCAGCAACCAAUACUGUUCACCCUCUUUGUGUGAAUUCUAUAAUGGCACCCAUACGAACAUUAAACCUCAUAUUGCUUGCAAAAAUAAUGGUAAUUUCGGUCCAGCUUGCGGUUCACAACCACAUCUUCUGAAAAUGAGCGAACGACGACGAAACCUCAUUUUAGAUUUGCAUAAUUUGGCACGUUCUCGCAUCGCAUCCGGCCAAGUGGACGGCUAUAAGACGGCAUCUCAUAUGCCACAACUUAAAUGGGACAAUGAAUUAGAGUAUUUAGCUACGUUGCAUGUAAAACGUUGCAGAUUCGAACAUGAUUUAUGCCACAAUUCACCGCGUUACCCGUAUAGUGGUCAGAAUAUUGGUUAUUUUUGGAAAGGCGCUAAUAUCACAUCACAUUCGAAACGUAUGAAGAAUUUCAUUGUCAAUUGGUAUAAGGAACAUAAGGAUGCAAAUCAAACAUUUAUCGAUUCAUUUCAUUUGCAUCCAGAGAGAAAAGUAAUCGGUCAUUUUACCGCCAUGGUGGGCGAUCGUGUACAUCAUGUCGGCUGUGCUGCCAUACGCUUUUACGUAUCAAAUUUAACCCAAAUCCUAAUGACUUGUAAUUAUGACUAUAAUAACUUUUCCGAUGAACCGGUUUAUCAGACAGGGCCCACAGCAUCAAAAUGUAAUUACAAGAUUAGUGAAAAAUAUCCAGGUCUGUGUGAUUGGAAGAAACCCACGUAUGAAUAUGAAGCAAUAGAAGAUGAAAAUAAUAGUAAUUUAGUAUUGCGUAUAUAGAGAUUAAUUGUUAUACAAUUAAGUAUUAGUGUGUUAAAUAAGAAUUUAGUAAUAAGAAUAAAGAGAAUUA